AUGACGCUCUUGGUCGGGCCAGCGACGCCGACGACGUGCCGCGUCUCGUCCGUGCUGAACAAGGACCGCACGCAGUACGGCGCCCAGAACAUGUUUGACGGCGUCGACGAUACCUGCUGGAACUCGGCGCAAGGCCACGGCCAGCAAGUCUGUCUGCUCUUCCACCGCGUCGUGCAUGUAAAGCGCAUGGAGCUCAUGUUCCAAGGCGGCUUUGUGGGCGAGGAUGCGAGAGUGCUCAUCGCAACGCAGGCGACGCCCGAGCUGCACGUCGCGACCGAGUGCCAUUUUAACGACAGCAACGAGCUACAAACAUUGGAGCUGGACUGCGCAGACGUGACGCAGCUGCGACUGCAGUUUGACCGGAGCUCUGACUUCUAUGGCCGUGUCCUUCUGUACCAUUGCCGCGUCUAUGGCGACGAGACUCUGUAAUCGAUCCACGAUAUGCUGUAUGCCUCGCG